GACUGAAAGCCUCCCCCCGGGCGGCGUCUAACUCUUCAGCGGUGUCGGGGUAGCCCCGCGCUUCUCGGCCUUGAGCUUCGUGCUCUCUCCUGAGGCUUAGCCCUCUGACUCAGAGUCACCGCGUUUGACUCUGGAGCGGCCUCUGUCCUAAGCUCAACUGUAGGCCAGUCCCCAGCCAGGUUCCUGGUGCUUCCGGGCAUGGAAUUGCAUCAGAAUGAUGAAUGAAGGCUUUUUGAAGCAAAAUUAAAAUCUCUCUAUUUCUAUUUGACAAGCAUUUGCUGAGACUCCACUAUGUGGCUACCAUAAUCCUAGACUGCGAAGAAUACAUGAUAGGGUGUCCGUGAAGAAACUUAAAUAAACAAAAAAAUAAAUAAAGACUAUAAUAAUCAAGUGCUAAAAAGGGACAUGAGAAAGAGAUCUAUGGAGAGCAGAGUAUUUGGAGAAUCCUAUGGAAAGGAAAGGUUGAUUGACAAAUGAAGGCAUUCCAGACAGGGAAGACAAUUUGAAGCAUGGCUUUGGAGGUAACAUCUAAAGGAACUGGUUUAAAUCCCAAUGCCAAAGUAUGGCAGGAAAUUCCUUCAGGAAAUGCCGAUGCCUCGCCAGUAACUCAUGGAACUGAGAGCUCUUGGCAUGAAACUGCAGCCACAUCGGGCUCUCAUCUUGAGGGUAAUACAGAGCUUUCAGAAGAUAUGUGUAAGGAAUAUGAAGUAAUGUAUUCGUCUUGUGAAACUACAAGAAAUUCUUCAGGCAUUGAAGAAUCGACGGAUGGAUUGAUUUUAGGGCCAGAAGAUCUGAAUUACCAAAUAUAUGAUGUUUCUGGAGAAAGCAAUUCAGCAAUUUCUACAGAAGACCUAAAAGAAUGUCUAAAGAAACAAUUAGAAUUCUGUUUUUCAAGAGAAAAUCUGUCAAAGGAUCUUUAUUUGAUAUCUCAAAUGGACAGUGAUCAGUUCAUCCCAAUUUGGACAGUUGCCAACAUGGAAGAAAUAAAAAAACUGACCACAGACCCGGAUCUAAUUCUUGAAGUGUUAAGAUCCUCACCAAUGGUGCAAGUUGAUGAGAAGGGUGAGAAAGUGAGACCAAGUCAUAAACGUUGUAUUGUAAUUCUUAGAGAGAUUCCUGAAACAACACCAAUAGAGGAAGUAAAAGCUUUGUUCAAAAAUGAAAACUGUCCCAAGGUGAUAAGUUGUGAGUUUGCACACAAUAGUAACUGGUAUAUCACUUUCCAAACAGAUACAGAUGCACAACAGGCUUUUAAAUACUUAAGAGAAGAAGUUAAAACAUUUCAGGGCAAGCCAAUCAUGGCAAGGAUAAAAGCCAUCAAUACAUUUUUUGCUAAGAAUGGUUAUCGUUUAAUGGAUUCUAGUUUAUAUAGUCAACCCAUUCAAACUCAAGCACAGUAUGCUUCGCCAGUCUUUAUGCAGCCCAUGUAUACUCCUCACCAACAGUACUCUGUGUAUAGUAUUGUGCCUCAGGCAUGGUCUCCAAAUCCUGCACCUUACUUUGAAACACCACUGGCUCCCUUUCCCAAUGGUAGUUUUGUGAAUGGCUUUAAUUCACCAGGAUCUUAUAAAGCAAAUGCUGCUGCUGUAAAUAUGGGUCGACCAUUCCCAAAAAAUCGUGUGAAGCCUCAUUUUAGGUCAUCCAAUGGUUCAGAACACUCAACUGAGGGCUCUGUGUCAUUGGGGGAUGGACCAUUAACCAGAUCUGGUUCAAGGAACUUUCCAACUGAACGACAUAACUCCACAGUAACAGGGCAUCAGGAACAAAAUUACCUUCCAAAAGAGACCCCAACUUUGCAAAUGGAGCAGAAUGGGGACUAUGGUAGGGGCAGGAGAACUCUCUUCAGAGGUCGGAGACGGCGAGAAGACGACAGGAUCCCAAGACCCCAUCUAUCAACAGCUGAAGCAAAAGCUCCAACACCAAAGUUUGACUUACUAGCCUCAAAUUUUCCUCCCUUACCUGGAAGUUCAUCAAAAGCACCAGGUGAACUUGUUUUGGAGAGCAGGAUGUCUGAUGUUGUUAAAGGUGUCUUCAAAGAAAAGGACAAUGAAGAGUUAAGAGUUACUUGCCCACUGCCUGCAGAGAGUGAACAUUCAGACUGCAUCUCUGCCCACCCACUCAAGAUGAGUACUCGUUCUCCCUGCACAGCUGAGCUUCCUGCAUUGAGUACAACUCAGCAAAAGGAUCUAAUAGAGGAUUCCAUUGUUCAGAAGGAUGUUCUCAACCAGACAACUAUACCACCUUCAAGCACUGCAAAGCCAUCAAGGACAAAUGCUGCUUCACCAUGUAAUAGUAACAUAAGUGGAGCUGUAAAUGUGGCCCUGCAGGAACCCCGAAAAUUAAGCUACGCUGAAGUAUGUCAGAAGCCCCCUAAAGAGCCAACUCCACUUCUUGUGCAGCCACUACGAGAACUUCGCUCCAAUGUUGUAUCUCCCACCAAAAACGAAGAGAAUGGAGCUCCUGAGAAGUCCAUUGAGAAACCACAUGAGAAGCCAGAAGCAAGGGCUAGUAAGGAUUAUUCUGGCUUUCGAGGCAAUACCAUUCCCAGGGGAGCAGCUGGAAAAAUCAGGGAACAGAGACGCCAGUUUGGCCAUAGGGCUAUACCUCAGGGAGUGACUCGACGUAAUGGCAAAGAGCAGUAUGUGCCACCCAGAUCACCAAAGUAAAAAAAAAAAAAAGAAAGAAAGAAAAGAAAAGGAAAAAAAAAAACUAUUCAAAAACUUCUCUCUCUUCCCAUUAAACUUGAGCCGUGGCUAUAUUGAACUAUUUUGGAGGGGAGUGGGUAGCCAGGAAGGAAACAGGAGAAAAAGUACACCUUUAGGUCAUUAUGGAUUUUGGAAUUGUGAGCGGUAGUAUCCCAAAAUUCAUCUCUAAAGUGAUUUUAGUAUGCUGGAGGAUUCCAAUCAGUAUAAAUAUAAAUAUAUAUAUAUAUAUGUAUACAUAUAAAAAUAUAAUUUUUCUAUUUUUGUUUUUGAUUUUCGUUUGCAGAAAUCUUCUGCCUGGAAUCAAUUUUGAGGGUUCAGAUUUAGCUUGGGGUAAAAGCAUAUUAUACAUCCUUCAGUAGAGGAGAGGGAGUGAGAGAAAAUAUUUUUUGAAGAAGCAUUUCUGUAAAAUUAGAAAUUACUUUUUUUAAUCUAUUUAAAGUUUGGCUUGGAGAAUGCCAUCUCUGCCUAUAUGGCCUUGUGUUGCAAAGCAGAUCAGUGGCUGGGGUGCUUGUUGUGGUGUGAGUACGUAUGCAAGAGUGAUUGAAGCCAAAACUGUUGUCAUGUUAGUAAAUGAUUUGAAAACUGAAUGUAAUACUUGAGUAGGUUUUUUUUUUUCCAGUUUGAAAUUUAGUCUGUCUUUUCGACUUUACUAAUAUUUCAUGCAACAAGCUGUUAAACAUUGAUUGUACUUGGAAUGUGACUACCAAUCAGUUUGAUACUCAAGACAAGAAUGGGGAUUAUUUUAAAAAUUGAAAUUUUGUCUUAGAUCUAGUGGAUAGGUCAAAUGGACUUCAGAAGUUUAAAUUGCCCUGCGUUUUCCUUACCUCCCUCUGCCACAAUAGUAAAUAAUUUUUGUUUUUUCAUUUGUUACUUAUUUCAUUACCUAUUCCCCCCCAAGAAAAAUAACGAGCCAUCUACAGAAUUGUAUGUUUCUAACUGCUUUAACCAGUCUAGUCAAAUCAUAUAACUAUUCUAAAUUUCUGAAUUUGAAAUAUUUUACUUUUCUGUUUGUGUAUUUAGAAUUUUAAAUCCAAGAUUGGUAGGGCAGACUGAUCCUACAGUAAUUUAUUUGUCUUAGUAUUAAAGAUGAAACAUAACUGACUUUUAACAUGUUAAAUAGUAUAGAAGUAACAGAAUUUUUUAAAAGGCUUAAUUUGGGAGCAACUUUUUUCUGUUUACAGUGUAUUUAUCACCUUCCUACCUUCCCCUUUUCCAAAAUAAAAGUAAUUCAGUUUGAAAUUGACAGAAACAUAACCAGCAAGUCAUGAGAGUCUUUGUGUUAAGAUGAAAAAGAUAGUUGAGGAAAAUUAAUGCAUAAUUUCUCAGUGAAUAAAGUUGUGUCUCUCAUAUUAACUAGGCAGGUUUACAUGCUGGUGUUUAGAAAAUGGCUAAAAUAUUAAAAACCAUGUUGCAUUAAUCUGUUUUUCAGUCAUACUAUUUUCACAGUUCUCUGUAAGGUGGGAUUUUGUUUUAUUUUUAGGGAUAGUUUGUAAUAGUAAUAACUGUCCCUUAUGUUAGUAAAUUACAUAUGUAACUGUAAAUUGUGAACACUGGAAAGCACCAUUGUGACAUAGAGUAAACAUCUUAGUAAUAUAUUAAAAUGAAUGUAAAUGGAAGUUAAAAUUACAUUACUGUGAAACUCAUCUUCCAACUCUAAGUUAAGCUUUGGAGAUUUGUAUUAGUAGGCAAUUAAUUGUUCAGAGCUUUGAAAAACACUGCACAUUUCUGUACAAGCCAGAAUUAUUAUUUCUUUGUAACUUAUUAUUCAGCUUAGCAGUUGCUUUUGAUUUGGUGAAUUGAUAACAUGGCAUAAUAUAUUUAAGCAGUUUGAAACUAUUCAUUUCUGCACACUAUUUUUAAAAAUCAUCUUUUAGACGAAACAGUAAAACUACCUGUGCUGAAAUUUGGGGGAAGUUUAGGUCGUUAAAAAAAAGAAAAAAAAAGUAUUAAUAAUCAUUGACUACAUCUAUGAUCAAAGUGCUUAUUUUGGUUUACUUAGAUAAUGCUGCAGUUGGUGGAAAUGAUAAACGUUUAAAGUGUUAACACUCUGAAUGCAUUGGAUUUAAGAGAAUAAAUAUUUUAUAAAAAUCA